ACAGUCUGACCCCCUUAUCUCACAUGUACUGAUUGGGUUUCAAAACUGACAGAAACUUUAAUAUUCUGUAAUCUACUAUUUAAAUUUUUAAUUCCGCUUAAAUCUAGGUGACAAAUAAUUGAUCUAUGGGUAUAAUACAAAGUAAAAUAAUACGGAUUAACUCUUAAUCUCUAUUUACAAUGGAUUUGACGGGAUAUAUUGUUAUCUGUGACCGAUUGUGUACCGUUUAAAAAAAAUUUGUACAUGCAUAAUCAUUAGAUUAGAAAUAGUAUGAAAAUAUUAUUGAUGCAUUUUGAUUGAUCAAAUAUAAUGACAGUUUAUUGAAUUUACCACAUUAGGUAGUGGGACACAAAAAAGGACAAUCAUGGAACAAAAAGUUAUUUAACAAAAUUGCAUUUGGUAUUGUUGACUUACAAAAUUAUGAUAUUGAUUGUAAAUUGAACGAAUAGUGAAAAUUUAUAUUUAUUUAAUAGAAGCGUAGAAACUAUAAGUUUCAUGUAACGGAGAUAAGUGUUAAUUGUUAGAAAUAAUUAUGUAGUGGAAUUACAGAAGAUGAAAAAUUGUGUUUUCCAUGAGUGAAAGUAGUGUUAUUUUGUACAAAAAAAGAAGAGUGGAUAUUUUUCUUUCAAUUCAAGAUGACAAGUGUUGAAGUACAGAGCACCCCCGAUGCUGGACUUCCCAGCUUGUCACGAAAAGCAGGUCUUAAAAAAAGGAUAAAGGGUUCGACUCCUCCGCCACCAAUGAAUGCUGAUGAUAUUCCGUGGAGGGGACAUGGGGGUCGCGCCCCUACUAUGAGCAGUGUGGAAUUUGAUAGACAGCUUGAUAAAAUAGCGGUAUGGCUGGAAGAAUGGAGUCAUGAACAGAGAUGUCAGAUUGUGGAGGGUAUAUUACGUCGCAGUAACUAUAACCAGUUUCAGUUCUUGAACACAUCGUUACAACCGAUCCUGCACAGAGAUUUCAUGUACACAGCACGCACGCAGUUUCCAGCGAUAGAAUUCCAGCCUGUUAGCACACACACAAGUAGAAAAUUAAAGACUGAAGUCAAGCAACAAAUACAGGAGAGAGAAUCUCUCAGAUUACCUCAGUUAUCGAGGAGUAAUGGGGUAUCUCCUGUAGAUGUAACUGAUAAGCCCAUGGCUCAUCUUUUGACUGUUACCCCGAGAAAAAAACUGCGACGGAGCCCAAGUCUUGACAAGAAUGGUGUGGACAAAUGGGUAGGGGAAGGAAAUCCCCUGUAUUCAAGUCAACCAAAUCUAAGUCAGUACAGCAAUAUCAGAUAUAUAGAUAUGCCAAUUCGCCGUCAUAUACAGGAUGAGAACAGCCCGCGCCAGGGCUCACACGUCAAGUCUGCUACCACCACAAUAUUGUCUUCAAAUACUGGUCUCACUAAAUCAUCAAAUUUGAGUACAGUCCACAGGAGUAACAGUCAUCUGAAUGCUCAUAGAAAACCUAAACUUAAGCACAAGGGUGAAGGAAGCUCUGCAUUAAAUGUGCCCAAUUUAUCCCUUCCUGAUGAAGCUGGUACCCUGUUCAGCUGGUACACACAAAACUGGUCAGAUGUAAAAAGGAAUGAGUUCCUGCAUAAGUUUAUGCUCAAGUUGGACCCAAGGCAGCAUUACUUUGUUUCAAGUUUUCUUGCUGUAUGUAAAACAUGGAAUGCUCUAGCCAAUAACAAUGAUCUGUGGAAACAUAAAUGUGAAACAGUUAAAAUGGAGGUUCCUGUGAGUGAUCAGCCAGAAUGGAAGAAAUUGUAUAAAGACAAUAAAUAUCUGCGGGUUAACUGGAACAGUGCUAAGUGUAAAAUAACAGACUUCAAAGGGCAUUCUGACAGUGUAAUAUGUGUAAUAUUUGACCAUUUGCACCUGGCGAGUGGAAGUUUGGACAAAACCAUAAGGGUUUGGAAUCUAAAGACUGGCAAAUGUCAGCAUGUUCUCAAAGGGCAUGUAAAAGGUGUCUGGUGCCUGAACUUCUUCACCCACAACCUCCUCGUCAGUGGGUCAUAUGAUGGAACCAUCAGGGUUUGGAACCUGAGGACCGGCAAGUGCAACAAGACUAUAAUAGCUCAUGAUGGACCAAUCUGGGCCUUGACAAGACACAAUGAAGUUCUAGUCACAGUAUCUCAGGAUAAAACUGCAAAAGUUUGGGAUAUUAACAGGUGUCUACAUUUGAACAGUUUACUUGGUCACACAGCGGCUAUAUUUGCAGUAGAUAUGAGUGAAGAUGGACACCUCGUCAUCACAGGAUCUGCAGAUAAGAGUGUAAAGAUCUGGAACAUCGAGACUGGCAGGUGUUUGAGAUGGAUCAGUGUCAGCCAGACGACGUCCAUCAUGUCUGUUAGCUAUAGUCAAGGUCAUUUAGCAUGUUCAUAUGGUGAAACUAUCUGUGUCUACAAAGUUGAAGGUCCGACAAGGCUGAUAAAGAAAUAUCUCGAUAUUGUUAAUGAACAUCAGAAAAGGAUAGAAUGUUUGAAACUCGGCAUACUUGACAAAGAGAAGGGAGACGGUAUAAUUGUUAGUGCUGGUAAAGAUGGGGCAGUCAAAUACUGGGAUAUUCAAAAGGACAAAAGUAUUCAGACAUUUGUGGGCCAUAGGGGACGUGAAGUGAAUGCCAUCUAUUUUGAUGAACUACGUAUCGCAAGUGCUGCUCAUGAUAACAAAAUCCGAAUAUGGGAUUUCAACGUAUAAAAGGAUGGUAACAGAAAAGAAAAUCAAAACUUCUACAUACAGUUUUAUGUGUGAUGGCAAUGAUAUUCAUCAAAUGUGAUAAAAUGAUACAUAUAACAUUUAAUAGCCUUUGCAUAUUCUAGAUAUAACAGGAAUGAAACAUAUUAAGAAUUCAAGAAGUUGAACUUAUAAUGUGUCGGCCUUACCAUAUAAUCACAAACAGACCAUUUCUGCAGUUGUGUUAAUAUAAUUUGUUCAUAUACACAAAUGCACGUGGAAUAUCUGUCUAUACCAGUACAAUACUGUAUUUUAGUAAAACUGUCCAGAAAAAUUAUGCUGACGUGUUAAAUCAAAGUAGCCAAAUAAUAUGAAAACAAAAAUAGCAUUCAGUUUAAACCUUAAAUUUAAACGACCAAAUCCGAAUGUUUUCCAUGUCCCUCUUGUGUCUGCGGAGGCAGAAGAUUGAUCUAUGCUUCAUUAAUUGUCUAGUCAGACAUCUUACAAUACAUUUUGUUAUUUAUUGAGAGAAAUUGCUUGUACCAGUUAAAACGAACAGGGUUUGAUUAUUCGAAAAACUAUCACUGUUCAAAAAUGAUUUUUUUUAAAAAAGCAGAUACAAACUUGAAAGUUUCUUUUUGAGGUAUUUUUUAUAUUAAUAUAAAUUGGAAAACAAUAAGGAAAUAUUUCUAUGAAAUUAAAACUAUGUAUAUUUCACAGAUGGCCACGCAUAUAUCAUUGUUGUUGUGCUCAAAAAAGUUUGUUCAUAAUUAUAUUUCUAAGUCAUUA